CCUUGAGCCGCGAGAGUGGGAGGACAUACGUGCGUUGCUCUCGGGAUAGUUGAGUGGAAACUUGUGUAUUGCAGACGGCUAAACUUGUGUUGCGGUGGCAGUGUUGCAGGAUGACCUUACCGAGUGUUGCGGAGUGUUGCAAGAUGUGAAGCAGGUGUAGAAUGAGCUUUGGUUGAGAUAAUAUUGAUUCCCGUCUCUCUCUCCCUCCCUUAGCGAAUGAGAGGAGGGUAGAGAGAGAGAGAGAGAGAGAGAGAGAGAGAGGUGGUGUGUUGGGGUGUGUUGAUGUGCGUGUGGCGGGGAUACAAGGCGUGGGUGUAGGAUUAUGUGCCAGAGCUCCAGUGCCAUUUAAAACAGCAAGAUGGGAUUUAAACAUCAGCUGAUCAUCUUCUUCUUGGUGUUGUCUGCCUCCAGAGCUUAUGGCUCCUUCCGGUCCCCACGCAUCACUGAGCACCCGACGGACAUCACAGUGCCGAAGAGCGAGCCAGCCACGCUUAAUUGCAAGGCGGAAGGGAAGCCACAGCCCGUCAUAAGAUGGUUCAAGGAUGGACAGGUGGUUAGGACCUCACCGGGGGAUCCCAAGUCACAGCGCGUCCUCCUGCCCACGGGGUCCUUGUUCUUCCUGCGGGUGGUUCACGGGCGGAAAGAGGAUGACGCGGGCGUGUACUGGUGCCAGGCGAGCAACCAAGUGGGUGUGGUGCGCUCAAACAAUGCCACUUUAGAAAUAGCAGUUCUGCGCGAUGACUUCCGGCGCACACCAGCUGACUCAGUGGUGGCUGCGGGGGAGUCGGCGCUGCUGGAGUGUGAGCCGCCGCGGGGCCACCCUGAGCCGCUGGUGAGGUGGCGACGCAACGGCCAGGUGAUCAAGGUGCCAGAGUCCCACAGGCACGAGGUGGUGGACGAAGGCACGCUGCUGAUUCGACACGUGCAGCAGAGUGACGCGGGCCAGUACACGUGCGAGGCCUGGAAUCUAGCAGGCUCCAAGACAACUGAACCGGUCAACCUCUACGUGCAUAUCAAGCCCAGUUUCCUCCGGCCCCAAGACACGGUGACGCUGACGGACAGGAAGGUGGAGUUUGAGUGCCUGGUGAACGGUGACCCCAACCCGCAGGUCACCUGGAGGCGCCUCAGAGGACCCCUGCCUGAGGACCGCACGGAGCUGCUGGAGGACCACACUCUGAGGAUCUCCCGCGUGUCCCCGGCUGACGAGGACACAUACGUCUGCGAGGCGGUCAAUGUGGUGGGCACGGCGAGAACCAACGCCACACUCACCGUCUAUAAUAACCAACGCCACACUCACCGUCUAUACCGCCCCCGAGUUCCUGGUACGCCCCCAAGAUGUGAGGUCCAGCGUGGGGUCGUCCGCUGCCUUCGAGUGCCUGGCAGUGGGUCGUCCCCCUCCGCUGGUCGUGUGGAGCCGCCAGGACGACCACAACCUUCUGCUGCCCCGUCAGGACACACCCACGGGGAGCCAGAUGACCAGCCUAACGUGUGGGUCAACGCUGAGGGCACGCUUAUUAUUAACCAGGUGACGCGGGCGCUGGCUGGGUGGUACUCCUGCGCUGCCGUGUCCGCUGCGGGUUCCCUGGUAGCACGCGCCCUUCUAGAUGUGCCGGCGCCCACCCUCCACCCGCCCCCAGUCAUCGCCCUCCGCCCGCGUAACGUAACGGUGACUCCUGGUGGCGCUGCGGUCCUGGUGUGCCGGGCGGAGGGUGACCCGGCCCCCAGGGUGACGUGGGGUAAGGGAGGUACUGCCCUGCCGGAGGAUGACCCGAGGAUUACUGUGUUAGAUUCAGGCACGCUGCAGAUUGAUGCCACCACGGAGGAGGACGCGGGCCAGUACUCCUGCAGCGCUUCCUCCCCCGCCGGCACCACCACCACCCGCGCCUUCCUGCAAGUGGUGCCGCCCGACAGCCCCGCAGCCGCCCACGCCACGCCCGCCCCAGACCCAAAGGACCUCCCCAGCCCCCCCUCCGCCCCUGUCCUCCGCGCCCGCAACGCCACGUCCCUCACGCUGUCCUGGGGCGCCCCUGACCAGGAAGGAGGGUCCGCCAUUACUAGUUAUAUUCUGGAGGUGUGGGGCGGCGCGGGGUCGUGGCGGGAGCUGGAGGAACACGUACCAGCCACGACCUACGCUUUGGGAGGACUCGAACCCAACACACAGUACCGGGCCGUGGUCAGAGCGAUGAAUAUGCACGGGUUGUCGGAGGCUUCAGUGGUGUCGGAGGCUCUGCUGACGAGUGGGCCGCCGGAGGGAGUGGGCGGGGGUGGGCAGGAUGACGAGAAGCAAGUGAGGGCGGUCCUGUCACACCCACUGGUCACCCUACUGCCGCCCACGCCCGUCUCCUCCACCUCCAUGAGACUGACGUGGAAGGUAAAGGAGUACGGGGACUAUAUUGAGGGUUUCUACGUGAGGUACCGCGAUUUAGACUCAGCCCCUCACGUGUUCCGCUCCGAGAAGGUGUCCCGCGGCCCUCCUGAAGCUGUCACCCUCACUGACCUGUCCAAGUAUACACAAUAUGAGUUUUUCGUCGUUCCCUACCACGGCGCCAUUCACGGACACCCCUCCAACUCGAGGAUGGCCAGGACGAAGGAAGAUGUCCCGUCAGCGCCUCCUUCGGGAGUGGAGAGCCUGGUAUUGAACAGAACAAGCGUGGUGUUGUCGUGGCGCGCGCCCUCCGCUGCACACACUAACGGCAGAGUGACACGCUUCUCCCUGUGGCUUUUCCUUAACAAGACACAACCUCACUCUAAUCUCACGGUGCCUGGAGGACAGCACAGCCUUACCCUGCACAACCUCACCUUUGGCGCCCUCUACACCGCCUCCGUGGCCGCCUACACCAAGGCAGGACAGGGGCCGACUAGCGGAGGACACACUUGGCUGCAGGAUCCUUCGGCGGGCACGGGGACGGACGAGGCGCGGCGGGUGACCUCUCCUCUCUUGGCAGUGCUGAGGAGACCUGGUUCAUAGGAGCUGUGGGGGCCGCGGGGUUUGUGGCCCUUGCUGUCUUCGUCACUGUUGUCUUCUAUCGUAGGAAGAAGAAUGAGAAGAGGGUGAUGGGAGGCUACAAGAUGGACGGGCGGGGGGUCAACGGAACAAUGACGGGUGGACUGUGGAUAGAGAGGGGGCCUUGGGGGUCGUCCUCCGCCAACACCGACGACAAGAACGACACCACGCCAGAGAAACUGCUCAACCUCAAU